AGCGGCGGCGGCGCCUUCCUCGUCCUCCCCUUGCACAAGACCGGCCGCAUCGACAAGUCCUACCCCACGGUGUGCGGGCACACGGGCCCCGUGCUGGACAUCGAUUGGUGUCCCCACAACGACCGCGUCAUCGCCAGCGGCUCCGAGGACUGCACCGUUAUGGUCUGGCAGAUCCCAGAGGGCGGCCUGAGCCAACCGCUGACGGAGCCGGUGGUGAUGCUCGAGGGGCACUCCAAGCGCGUGGGCAUCAUCGCCUGGCACCCCACUGCCCGCAACGUGCUGCUCAGCGCCGGCUGUGACAACGUGGUGCUCAUCUGGAACGUGGGCACGGCGGAGGAGCUCUACCGCCUGGACGGGCUGCACCCGGACCUCAUCUACAGCGUGAGCUGGAGCCGCGACGGCGCCCGCUUCUGCACCGCCUGCAAGGACAAGAGCGUCCGCGUGGUCGACCCGCGCCGCGGCACCGUGGUGGCCGAGAAGGAGAGGGCCCACGAGGGGGCUCGCCCCAUGCGAGCCAUCUUCUUGGCUGACGGCAAGAUCUUCACCACCGGCUUCAGCCGCAUGAGCGAGCGGCAGCUGGCGCUGUGGGACCUGGAGAACCUGGACGAGCCCAUGGGGCUGCAGGAGCUGGACUCCAGCAACGGGGCUCUGCUGCCUUUCUAUGACCCCGACACCAACGUGGUCUAUGUGUGCGGCAAGGGGGACUCGAGCAUCCGGUACUUUGAGAUCACGGAGGAGCCUCCCUACAUCCACUUCCUCAACACCUUCACCAGCAAGGAGCCGCAGCGGGGCAUGGGCUGGAUGCCCAAGCGCGGGUUGGACGUCAGCAAGUGCGAGAUCGCCAGGUUCUACAAGCUCCAUGAGCGCAAGUGUGAGCCCAUCAUCAUGACGGUGCCGAGGAAGUCGGACCUGUUCCAGGACGAUCUGUAC